AUGCAAUCUCAGCCCCUUCAGACCGUGGAUGAUGCCGAGCGACUGAUCCGACUUCUCACGGAUGGCCUUGUAAACAUCAAGGAUGAUAAAGGCGAUUUCCUCCUGCAUUUGCCGGAUGGUUUCGUCGUAAAUACGAAGACCUGGGAUGGAUGGGAGUGGACCCAUGGUGUUGCGCAUACUUCCCUCACUCAUCAUGCCAAAUUGCAUCCCGACUCGCAAUCAGCUGCAUACUCAAUACAGACCAUCAUCGACUGGUUCGAGCAUCAAUGCAAAGUAACCGAUGGCAAGGGUUGUCCCAAAAACAUCAACACCAUGGCACCCUUCUACUCGUUGGCCUGUCUAGUCGAGGACGGGAAAGUCAAAAAUCCCAAAUGGAACGCAUGGCUUGAUGAAUGGGCCGAAUGGACUAUGAAUGGGCUGCCUAGGACUGAAGAACGCGGCUUCCAACAUAUGAAUUAUCGGAGCUCACACAAGAAUCAGUUAUGGGACGACACCCUCAUGAGCGUGGUGUUCAAUCGACCACAGUAUAUCAAGGAAUCAAUCUAUCAGUUCUUGCUUCACGUGCAAUAUCUUAUGGACCCCAUAUCGGGCUUGUGGUAUCAUGGAUGGGAGUUCACUCCGGACGGCAAGCCGACAGGAUAUUCUACCAAUACCGACGGUCCCUCGUAUGGUCAUAAUUUCGCCCGCGCACUAUGGGCUCGAGGCAAUUCAUGGAUUACCCUUGCAAUUCCCAUGUUUCUGGAGAUUCUAAACGACAGACUCGAAGUCGAUGAUCCCGUUCGCUUGACUCUGAUCUCUGUUCUUAAGAGGCAAAUCGACGCUUUGAUACCACUCCAAGAUUCCAAGACUGGGUUAUGGCACACACUUCUUGUAGAUCCGACUUCUUACGUGGAAACAAGUGCCUCGGCAGGAUUUGUAGCCGGAAUCUACAUGUCUUUGAGAUUGGGGCUUAUUAGCGGGGAAACAUACACUCAGACUGCCAAUAAAGGUCUAGCAGGGGUUGUUGCUCAAAUUGAUGCUGGUGGAGAGGUCAAUAAUGUAUCAUACGGUACGAGAGUAGGACUCGAUCUUCAAUUCUACAAGGAUGUGCCGAUCACUUCCAUGCCCUACGGUCAAGCUUUAGCAAUGGCCGCACUGGUUGAGUGGGAGAGAUACAAUAAUUAG